AUGGUGGACCUAAUCGUGAAAAAUCUUACUGAACCAAUUUUUGUAAUGCUUCGGACCCCAUUCACACCAGUGUAUGAGGUAACACCUUUCACUCCUGUAUGGUGGGAUUCGUCUUCAAAUAAUGGCUCCGGAGGAUGGUCCUCAGAAGGAUGUCAGUUCAGGCAUCAAUUGCAAGAUCACGUGGUAUUUUCUUGCGAAAAUUUUGGUUACUAUGGUCUCUUGCAAGACGUUACCUAUGUUGAGGCUAUGAAUGUUGGUGGCAAGUUCAAACUGUCACAUCCAGCUAUAUAUGUGGGAACAUUCAUUUUAUUUACAUCAUUUUUAAUAGUUAUUCUUACUUAUUUGUUGUGUUAUGUAAGUAUUCAGAUGCCCAAAAAAGCUAAGCAUUCAUUAAUUAACAUGUGGAUAGCUAUAUCUCUGCUUUGUUUCAUGUAUGUGUUUGGAAUUUAUCAGACGGAAGAUGUAAAAAUUUGUCAAAUGGUGGGAAUGAUACUGCACUAUUUUACGUUAUGUUCUCUCCUCUGGAUGUGUGUUGGUGUAAAUUGUAUGUACAAACGACUGAGCAAAAAUGAUAUUAUUAGUCUUCAAGACGAUGACUUGCCAUCAGAUCGACCGAUUCAGAAACCAAUACUGGGCCUUUAUCUAGUUGGUUGGGGAAUUGGAUUAAUCAUCUGUGGUUUGUCAGCUGCUAUCAACAUGAAUGAAUAUGCCUCAUCAACUCAUUGCUUCCUGAGAUCUGGACCUGCUCUCAGUGCUUUGUACAUACCAUUUUUCAUACUGUUGAUUUUUAUCUUUGUUUUAUUUUUAUUAAUAAGGUGUGCCAUAUACAACAUCGACACUAAUGGGCAUUUGAGUGAAGGCACGCAAGCUACUGAACAUGUUGACUUAGAUUUAUUGGAGCCCAACUUUCCAAACAUAGAUAGUCAAAGCUUCAGAAGUGUAUCUACUAAAACUGGUUCCAGCGAGGUUGAAGAUCCUGAGCAUGCUCCUUCUGCACAGCUGAAAGCCCAUUUGAUUUUUCUCUUGAUUUAUAUAAUGACGUGGCUCAGUUGUGCAUUUGCUACAGUACCGCCUUUCCAUAUAGUCUCAUUUGAAGAAGAUUUAUUUAGCAUCGCUUUUGCUGUUUCGGCAACCACUCUUGGAGCAUUUACCUUAUUUUUCUAUUGCGUGGCACGGAAUGAUGUCCGCACCCAGUGGGUUGUUUUUGUGAGAUGGAUGAAACGUAAACGAAUUUGUUAUGUUCGAUCCAGAAGCAUUUCUGAUACCAUUCUUAACAUUCCUCAAAUACAAAUUCAGCCGUUACCGUUGCCACCGGUUUGCGAAAUUGAUAAUCAUAUAAUAUCAAGAUCAACCAGCAGGAGUUCCAGUCAUACCAAAUCGAAUUCUCAUGCCAGUAAUAUUCUGAAAGGUGCUGUGGAUUUGAACGGAAGUUUUAGUGACAACCAGACUGGAGCAAAAAUAAACAAUGUUAACUUGGUCGUACUCCAUAGAGCACAAUAUAGAUCCAAUACCAUUCCUAACAUCAUAGAAAAUCCAACUAACGCCGCUGUAGUAUUUUAUAAUCCUCAUCAGAGUACGGUGGCAAGAAAGUUUUUCAAACGACAAAAAAGGAAUAUGUUGAAAAAAAAUAAUUUGUCCAAGCCACCAAGGGAUAUCAACAGUGACACUGCAUCAGUGUUUUCAGAACCUAGGUUGAAAGUGAGGAACAGCUCUAACCAAAAUAUUUUCGGAACUAAUUCUAAAGUUAAUAAUACAAAUAUUCAUGUAGAACAUAAACAGAGGAUUCAGCAGAAAAAUCCUAACAUAUUCUCAGACAGUGCUGAUGAAUUUGAUUCGGUUGCUAAUAUACCAGUGGAAAAAAUGCUCAUUGAUGCUGAGAGGUUAGGAAAAAAAGAUUUAAUCAGACAAAAAAUGAAGAAAAAGCAUAAUAUUCCUUGUAAACAAAUUUCUGAAAAAGCCGAAAAUAACAUGAGGUCAAUUUCACAGCAGUGUACUCUGGAAUACAGUUCUGAAACAAUUUCUGAUUCUGUUUUGGAUAAAACCAGCCCAGAAAAGACGUUGUUACCUAACCAGGAGAGUUUUCUAACCGAAACAAGUGGGGCUAUCCCUUCAUUUCGACGGGAGAAUAGUCCUUUCAGUAUUCUGACAGAAAAUGAUCCCAAUUAUUGUCAAAUAAAUGAUCUGAGGUUAGAUAGUGUGCGGAGAAACCAAUAUUUUCCUAAAUCUAGCCACGGUGCAUUUGGAAUUGAAGGUAAUAAAAAACCAUCUGAGCUCAGCUCAAGUGCAGUAGAAUCUAUGUGUGGAAAUUCUACCCGUCGAAUAUAUAUCAACCCUUCUCACGACUUGAGAUUGGGUAGAGCUGAUGGUCAAAGUAGAGCUAGUAGUGUAUCAGUAAGUGAUCUAGAUGAACUUUAUCAACAGAUCAGGAGAGGACCACAACCCAAAAGAUCAAGAAACCUUUAUAGCUUGUCACGUGCUAGCCCCUGUCUCUCUGAUUCUGAGAUCAAUUCAUUUGUGAGUGAUGUAAAUCAGCUUCGCAUUACAUCACACAGUCAUGAUGACUUUGAUCAUUUUAGUGAUGUAGAAACAACAGUAUAGCAUAUGCAAGUUGAAUAAUUAUUUUUUAUUUUUGACGUGUUAAUUCAACAUAAAUACUCAUUACAGUUUUGUUUUUCAAGUUUUCCUUCAAGAUAUUUGUAAUUUUUUCUUGAUGGUUUGAUGAUCUGACAAUAAAUCAUAUUUUGAAUUUUGUUUGGGAUAAGAAUCACUUAAUUCUUAGAAAAUCAAUAAUGCCAUCUUCGGGAUUCUAAAAAAAAAUAUUGACCUGAAUUUUUUUAAACAAAAGAUUAGAUUUCAUUUUAUUGUUGAUUACCAAAUUUUGAAGCUGUUCAUUAUGAAAUGUUCUUUCAAAGAACAUAGUUGGUUCAUUGGGGCAUCAUAUAGAAUAUUUCAUAUUCAUUACAAUAAAUUAACAUUGUUGAAAUGGAGACAGAUCUUGAAAUAAAAUGAAAAUAUUUUUCAAAACGACAUAAGUGGCAGAAAGUCUUUACUAUUUGAUGAAAUUAAAAACGAUACUAAUUCAAAUCAUUCUGGAUGUCUGUGGCUUGCCCCAUCUCACUAGUGUUGAGACAAAUAAUUACAUUAUAAUGGAGGUACUUGGUGUGACACAGUGACUUGAUAGAGCAAAGAUAAUUUUCCUAUGGUAUCACCAUUAAAAUAAUUCCUGAGCCGCAUGAGUCUUGAUAUUGAGUUGAAAUAUCCAUUAGUUGUAUGAUGAGUAAUUCUCAGUCAGACAAAGUAAUUGAAAGAUCAGAGUUUAUAUCAUUGCUAAUUUUUUUUAAAAAGAUCAUUUGUAAUCCUGCAUUCCAAUGAAUUGAACGGAUUCAAAGAAUUCUAGGUGGUUCCAUACAAAAAAAUUUUUUGUAUGUACAAAUAUGUAAAACAUUAUUUUCAACCCAUUCUAUUCUAUGUACAUGAACAGUGUAAUGAAUAAGUUGAUGACUUACUAAUUGUUGAAGUUCAUGUGAGGAACAGUGGUAAGAUGUUUAUUGAAAAUAACUUCUAAAUCACCAACUGCUAGUCGGUGAUUUAGACAACUUGAAUAACAAUGGUUUUUAUGGAACUUCUGAUGUAACUGUAAUAAGACGUGAUGUGAAAUGCUUCAAACUUACAAUUUGUGUCUUUUGAGUGGAUAAAUUUCCAUCCAGGGUCUCAAAAUUAUCCGGAUGCCCAAAUUUCUGUAAUUUGAUUACAGAAGAUUCAACCAGUAUAAAACCUUAGCUGUCGUCCAAGAAUCGAAACUACUAUUGCUGCGAAACUUGGACUAAACUGAUGCCUCAACUCUUUCGAAAAAUCUUUCAUUACCUGAGUUGUUUUUGUGUUGUUGGUAAUUUAUUUUCUUCCCUGACCUCAACUAGUUUCUCCAUAGUUCGUUUUGUUUGAUAAACCCCUCCAUGAUGGAAGCAAUAGGUUGUAUUCAGUUCUAUAUCACUUAAGUGUUUUAAUUUACUAAUACAAUUUUAAAUAAAAUAUUAUAUUGUGAUUAAUGGUAUUUGUAAAUUGUGUUUUUUUUGUCUUCUAUCAAUAUACUGUAUUUACAUUCCAAGUCAUUCCAUUUUAUACAACAUACAUAAUGUAAAAAUUUUAAUGAAAUACGAAGUAACAGGUUUAACUAUUCAGGUAUAUUUAAUACUAGAACCCGAGAAAUAAUAAACUUAUUACGAAUUAAUUGAUCAUCAAACCAACUCCAAUUGUAAUUAUUUGAGAAGAUUAAUUGAUUCCAGCUGAUUCAAAAUUAUUGUAAAAAUGAUUUAGAUUACAUAUGAUCUAGCCCCAAGAAUUGAAUUGAAAAUCAUUGAAGUGAUUUAAAUUUGAGUGUUAUUUGAUUUUGAAGUACAAUUUCAGCGCAGUGUUUACUUCAAGAACUAACCUCAAGAUGACUGAAAAUAUAAUUUAUUUUAUUACAGAGAAAUAUAUAAGGAAUUGAUUGAAGUGUGUAAAGUGACUCAAUAGUAAUAUCCUUGGGAAAUUUACGAAACCUUUGUAGAUAUGCACAAACGACGGGGAUAUAUACUUGUGAUUACAAAUGUAAUUUCUCUGUAACUUUAAAAUGUAAGAUUUAUUGCACAAAUCUUUGACGAUUUGUUGAUAGCUGAAAACGAUAACGCUGAGAGUUCACUUAGUAUGCAGAUUUGAAAUUGUAUUAUAGAUGUUUAUAAGCAUAGAUAUACUGUGUGAUCAUUGAUAUUUAUUUAUUUACAUUUGUAUAAAUGGUUAUGUUAUGGUUUAUUUAAUUCACCAACAAAAUAUGUGAGAUCAAACAUUUAAUUAAAUAUCAAAUAAGUAUUAUUCUGAUUUUCCUAUUGUAUAUUAUUUUCGUGUAGUAGAAAAAUUUCAGUUCCUGAAGUAUUAUAUCGAUUUCUAGUAUCUAAUGGCGAUUGAUAUUUGAAAAUACUCGAAAAAAAAGAAGGCUUCCUAACUAUAUUCUGUGAAUAUGUGAAUCUUUACUUCAAGCAAUCUUCUCUGCUCACAAAUAUUUGUUAAAUAUUAGUCAACAUCAUUCUAGUUUUUUUUUCUCUGACAGUGCUCUUUAUUAUAUUAUUUAUGUAACUUGUAAGCUAUUUUGCUCCUUGAAAACAUUUUAUUUAGAUGCCUCAAUUUGCCUGGCUGAAUACAGUGUUUAAAGAGGAUAUAAAAUAAUGUGUAUAAAUGAAUUGGAUUUCAUUUGGAUUCCAAUUGAACACACAAUGUGUCACAUCGAGUUUCAUUUAGAAGAUUGUGAUGAAGGAGUGAAGUUAUCAUAACAUAUUUGAAUAAAAGUUUUACAAAACAAUGUAUUGGACUUUCUGAUAUACUGGAUAUCCAGUAAAAGCAUGAUGUAUCGAUAUUAGAUUUUUUAAAAUUGAAUGAGAUAUGAGAUCUGGCGGGUUCUACCAAAAGAGUUCUUUUAAAAAAUAUAAGAUUGUAUAGGUAUACACCGAGCGGUUCAGAAGUUAUUCCAAAAAUAUUG